UCACCUGUGGAAGGAUUCAGGGAAAUUCGGCUUGUUGCUGAUUGAUUUUCUGUUGUGAGCAUGCCUGGCCUGGCCAAAAGGCACACGCAAUUAUUUUAUUGGGCGCUGGAAUAGUAAUGAUUGGAGAGGGGUGGCCUGGCUGGCGGCUGUGCGCGUCCCACAAAGCGAGGAGGCGCGGAUCAUAUUGAUAAUCACAGUCUGGUCUUGAAGAUGAGAAAGUGAGGUGAGUUAUUGAGAGUGCCAAGAUAAUAGCAGAUAAUGCCGAUCACCAAUAGUAGGUGCCACCUCGUUGGAUAAAGAGCCCCUCACCAUUAUGGAGCAGAUCAAAAACCUGGAAGCGCCUUACCCUCAGCCGGAGCAGGAGAAGCAGAGUGCCGAGUUCGCCAACGAAAAGCUGGAAGAGUCCCCGAUGCCGGAGGCGGCCGCCCCCGCCGCCGCCGAGGGGUGGGUCGAGCAGACGCCGCAGGACGAGGACCAAAAGGCCAUCGCGUGCUUGCUGGACCAGCCGCAGACCGGAAACGACGCCAAAGGGGUGUACGAAGACCAGACGCAAGAGCAGCACACGGUGUUGCUGGUCGAGGAGGCGAAGGAGGCCACUCCGCCGCCCUCCCAGGCCGAACUGCAGACUCUCGAGGUGCCGGGGGACGCGAUCUUGGAGGCCAGUGCCAACCAUCACCACCAGCAGUCGCCCGAGUAUCACUCACAGCACCGGGGGGUCGGACACAAACUCAUGCCCAGUUUGCUGCCUUAUGAGGAAAUCAAAUAUCAAGAAGAAGAGCUGCACGAGGCUCACAGUCCGCAUUCCGGGGCAGCGAUGAUGAACACGACUUACGCAACACUGGAGCCGGUGCACGUGCAAAAUCACCAGUACUCCGCUUCGCCGCCUCAUCAGUAUCCGAGUGCGCAGUAUUUUCAGUGCUACCCUAAAAACGAGGCCAUUUUCAUCAAGAACAAUCCGACCCUUGGAUCGGCGACGGCAACGCAAAAAAUUUUGCACCCCUACGAUCCAUCCCUGUCAUACGAGGAUCCGCAAUAUGCGAAUUACAGCAGGUCUGCCGUUUUAACCACCGCCGAGUACUACUACCCAGCAUCCAACAGUGCGAGCGGCCUAGUCGAGUAUUCGACGUCGUCGGCGUCGUACUCGCACCACCACCAGCCGUUGACCCUUCCGGUCGACACGAGCGUCGAGUUGCGUUCGCCUGGCGACUCCAUCACCUACGGCACCCUGGGUCAGCAACUCACCCCACCCACCUCGCACCCUCAGCCGUGGCCACUGCACGAUGAAAUCUAUGACGCAAACACGGAGGGAAACAAGGAAUGCGUGAACUGCGGCGCGAGCAACACGCCGCUGUGGCGGAGGGACGACACCGGCCACUACCUGUGCAACGCGUGCGGCCUGUAUACCAAGAUGAACGGCAUGAACAGACCGCCCGCCCGGCAGCAGCAAAAGAAGUCGGGGCUCCCCUCGUCGGCCGGCAGACGCACUGGCGUGACCUGCGCCAACUGCCAGACGACCACGACUACCCUGUGGCGGCGCAACAACAACGGCGAGCCCGUCUGCAACGCGUGCGGCCUUUACUUCAAGCUGCACAACGUCAACCGGCCGCUCAGCAUGAAGAAGGACGGCAUCCAGACGCGAAAGCGCAAACCAAAGAGCCAGAGCAGCUGCUCCAACGGCACCAAAGCUGAAAACCACGGCUAUUACCAGCAGCUUCAGAGCACGAUGGACGCGGCAGGCAGCAGUACUAGUCGCGUGUUGAUGGCUGUUGAAAUGCAAGACACGCGGGAGAACGUGCACAGCCACAUUAACAUGUACAACAUGGCCCCGACUGGCGAGCUCGUGGACAUGCAGGCGCUGUCCCGGUCGCCGUCGCAGAGCCUCACAGCGCCGACGUCGCCUAUCCUACCCUCAAGUACCAUCCUCAGUCGCCACAUAGCCAAUGUUCCCCCGUUGGAGCCGAUCGCGCAGCAGAUGCGUCCCUGCGACGAGCAAGGCACCGUGGUGAACCACUCGGAUGAGGACCACAACGCCAUGUCUCUGAUCAUGAACGCGAUUUGUCAGCAACAAGGAAGCCGCGCAACCCGCAAUUGACGUCGUUGACUUGUCACACAACAUCACACUCGCUUUCACAACAACUGUCGUCUGCUCCGCUUACAAUCAGGGAUCACAUUUCGUUGAUUAUACAUAUAAUAUACAUACACGUACACUUAUAUUUAUUAAGUGAGUUAAAAGCUAAACAAUAGUAUUACACACAUCCCUGGCUCAAAACAUUUCUUGCCCUAACUUAGACAAUUCAUUCACAAUUCAAACAUUGUGAUCUAAAUGCGAAAGGAUGAGAAAUUCGGGUCAUGACAUAAGUGUAUUGUAGGAUGAAAACUAGUUACAAUAGUUUAAUUGAGUAUUGCGCUUCUUAUUUACAUUGUAUUCCAGAGAGAGACUUACUUUUCAAGGUAGUAUUAUAUAGUAAUCGUUUUGUUGCGUAAUUUUAAUUGUAUUGGCGUGUUUUGAGUUCUGUUUUGAUGUUGAUUGGUCUCUUUAAGAAAAUGUGUACAUUUUGGAGCCAAAGUCAGAGUGGUCAAUGAUUAUUGUGUCCACUUUAAGCAGCACCAUAUUAUAUUCCACCUGCGGUGGCUCUGUUUGCUAUCUUUUUUCUAUAUCUUCUUACGACGCCGCGCAAAUGCUUUAAUAUAUUUACAGUUAAUAGUUGAAGUGAAAUACAUAAGAGUCGGCUUUUUACAUAUCAUAUUUUUGCAGUGCUUAAAAUAAUAAUGUGAUGAUUUAUACAGAUGAAAAGUAUAAAUUAAAACGUAAUAAUUCAUGUAUACCUUUCACUACAAAUGUAAAAUCAGACUUCUGAUAUAAUGAGGGUUGGGAAAGCAAGACUUUAGAGACAUUUUCGAAGCCAUGAUACCGCAUUCUAGAAUUGAACUGUAGCUUCUAGUCACGCAAACACUUUGAUUUGACAAAUAAUGCUGAAUGCCCACGUGGGCGUUUUGCAGGGCGGGUUAUCACGAAAGGAGAGAGAGAGAGAGAGAGUGCAUUUUAAUCCGAAAAUUAAGGCCUAAGGUGGGUCUACAGUUGGCCAAGGUCUCGUAUUUUGAUGAGGGAGCCAGAAUUCCAAUAUUUGACUACUUUUUACAGCCACAUUUUUCAGGUUACGAGGGUUUAGAGUAAAGAUAAUUUGAUAAAUAAUAAUUUACAAGGUCCCUAAAAUUCGACCUAAGACUUCAAGAAACUUUUGCAUAUCGAAGGGAUUUUUUUAGAUAUAGGCAAUAGGUGCCUCAUUUAAUGAGAAAAAAAUAUAUACAACGAUGGGGCGACAUAGAUUUUCCGUGUUUUUUAAGAAUUCGAAUUUGAAUUUUAAAAAUCCACGUUUUUUGCCCCAAAAUUGGACUAUUAAUGUCAUUUACACUGUUUCGCGUAUUUUUCGGUCAUAUUUGCCGAAUAACAUGAGAUUUUAGUUUCAAAAUUAAGUUUAUUAUGGGCUGACAGGGCAACUCUUCCCCAAAUCAGCACACAUCCAUUAAGUAUUGAGACAGUUAUGUAAGAAACAACAUUUGAAAGGGGGUUUAAAUCAACCUUCACCCCCCAGUUAGUUAUUAAAUUUCACUGAACUUAUUGACCGUCAUUGGUGUCGUUCCCUAUGUUUUCCACCCCAUAAAAUCAAAUUUAAAGCCGAUUUCACGUUUUUAUCAGCUCAACGUAACCUAUCUGUAGCUUUUACAGCACUUGAUGGUGCAUUUCGCAUGAUUUUUUACUCCAGCACGAGUUGAAACAUUUCAAUUUUUUCCAAAUUUGACAAGAUCCCCUGUAGAAAUUUUUUUUUUCGGAUUAACAGGUGCGCUCUCUUUGUUAAAAAGCUGCUCUUGUGAUGUAAAACAGUUUUAUAAAAUUGUUUUGGGAGCAGCGACAAGAUCAGUCUCGAUUCCCAACCCUUGGUAAAACAACUAAAUAUGUCAUAUACUUUGAUCAUAAAUUAUAAAAUAAAAAUCCUUCUUCACACUCUG